AUGCUCCUCGAGGAGAGACUGCGCGUCCACUGGCCACGGAAUGGAAGACUGGAUGUACAGCUCUACCAGCCUCGAGUCGGUGAACUUCUGAAUCACCAGCAACGACAAGAGCGACUUUUGCGUGGAGUCUGGCUAAAGAUGGAUGAACAGCAAGUUGCGUUUGCAACGAAAGUGGAGGGAGCUCUUGUACACAUCGAGCAGACCAGGAUGGCGCAGAUUGGCUUUCAGGCUCAGCUGCCACUUCAGCAAAGCCUGGCAGCUCUCCAGGGUCUGGAAGUGAAAGCUAAGAAGCGCUGGGUUUUGUUAUCGUCCUGCCAAGAUUACGUACGUGCUUGUUCGUCUCAACUUUUUCCCGAUUUGAUGAGCUCCGAGAUUAUAAGUGGGUGUGAUUAUCACCCCGGGGAGAUCACUGCCAUCAGAGAAAAACUCGCUACGAUCGAAGCUCAAGCCCGUGAUCAGAUAUCCGAGAGAGAGAAGCAAAUUGAUGAGAUUAGUAGCAAACAGAGCCAGAACAUGGACAUAUGGGAAACGUUCAAAGCAAGGUCUCAGACGUGUAUGCAGAGCUUAGCGAUGAAAGAGGGGCUUGGACAGAAAUUCGGGCUUCCUAAGCGAACAGCUCAAGAACGAUAUCGAUCUGAAAUGACGAGGUGUGAGGCACGUUCUGCUACGAUCAACACGCUCUUGGCUUCACUUGACUCGUUACUUCGUGCGAAGAUAUACCAUCGAGGAAUGUACUUUGGAUUCCUUCGAAAUCCGAGUCAGCUUGAACUCAAGCCGGCAGAGUUUGAUCCCGCAACAGGGAGGCAAGACGAAGUGAUACGUGAUCACGAAGUAGUAGACGAAGAAGAUUGGAUAUUAGCGGUUCCUUUCCUAGAGUUUGCCGAUCAAGUCAGCGCUAAAUGCCAAGAAGAGACGAAGGCGUUGUACGAGCAAGAAGGAAAAAACGAGGAGCUCCCGCCCCCGCCGCUUUGGAGGAAAGUGUCAUAUCGAGAGCAAGUGGAUCUGUACGCUGAUCUGUUGACUCUUGCACCGGGAUUUCCUCUCUACCAGUCGUGGAUGGACCUCAAAACCCACCACACCUUAGAGCUGCGACCGCACUAUUGCAGCCCCAACAACGGUCAUCUUUUGCAAGAACUGGAAAAACGUGAAAAAGUACGCUCGACAUCAACCCAAAGUGCAUUGUACGACAUUCGAAGUCUGUUCUUGGCGGAUCACAUUCAGAUCUCGUUGUCGUUCGAAGCAAGACUGAUUAGACUAAGUCACUGUCUAAUGCUGUUCUUAGACUCGUCAGUAUUGUCAUUGGACGACGUGAAGCCAUUUUCAGGCGAGAAACUGCUCAAGCGAAAAUCACUGAAGCGGCUGCGUAAAGUGGCUCGAGUAAAAGAAUUCGGCUAUUCUCACGAAGUGAAAAGAACUGCUGCUGAGCUGCAGAUAUUGACUCAAAGCGGUGAAGUUCCUCGUUUUCCGUUGCGAUCAUGGGCUGGUAUCCCUUUUUUUGGAUUGCAGUCGCUUUGGGAGGAGGUAAAGGCGGAUAUUCAUGCAAAGGAUUUAGCAAGGCAGUGCUAUGGAUCUGAUGUGCAGACAGACUCCUCCAUCCAAAAUUUGACCUGUGUACCUCUGGCAUCCAAUGACGGUGCGUGUGUUGCUCUUCUCACGCCCGCACAUCGGGCACUCAUUCAAGCACGAGACACUUCCUAUGCCGAUUACAUUACUUUCUGUCGCGAGGAAAUAAGGCGGUGUCUAGACAAUUUGCACGAACGGAUGGACGAUGAAGUCAAGUGGACACUCGGCUGGGAAAAAGGGAUUUUAAGGAUGAGGCAGUCCACGUCCCAGCUAGCAUAG